AUGAACAUAUUGCGCUGCGAUUUUGUCUGGAAAAACCGCACAAAGACUCAAAUUGAUAAUUGUGGAGACUAUAUCGUUCCUGCUCCAGCCGACUUGGGUAAUUUUCGGGAUUAUUGUCAGACCUUUACAACAAACCAAACUCUCAAGUUCGCUCACCCUUACGAGUCUGACGAAGGCGUGACAAAAAUCGGUGUUUAUCUCCAAAUUCCAAAUGUGACCGCUGCAGAACAGAGUGCUAUCGGGAUAGCUGCUCUCAAUAUGUUGCUGACGUCACCUAAUUUUAAUCCACUAACACAUCCGGAAGAAGUUGUUAAUCAAAUGGACGAAGACGCCAAAUCGGAAAUGACGCUUGAAUGGAAUUUUCUUGCAGGCAUGGUGGACUACGCUGCAGUGAUUAAAUUUAGAAUAAACGAAUACAGGGCUAUUCUGCCAAGGGACAUUUCUGCUAUUAUGGGAUUUGGAGCAAACUAUCACAGUACUCCGAUAAUAGAAAACACUGUGACAUACUUCCCAUUCAACAGCAAUCCGUAUGGUUUGGCGAAUGGAACAAAUGUAUAUUUCUCUGUAGCGGCUGGAAGUUUUGUCCAGAAACAAGAAUCUGAAGAACGAACAAUUACCGUUCUCAGUGCCAUUGCAUCAGCUGGCGGUGCUUUUGGCAUAAUUGGAGGCGCUUAUGUAUUGUUCUUUGGUCAAUCGCGUAUGGAUGUGUGGGGCAUUGCACACAAGUUCUCGAAAGAAUCACCAGAGCUUGUAGGCACAUCACUCUUUCGUUCAUCUUCUCAAGACAACCUUUCCAACAAUGAUAAUAAUUCUCAAGCUGACCUUGAUUUGCAAAUAAAGCAACUUGGAAAUGACGUCUCCGAACUCAAGGAAGUAAUUCGAAGCUAUGUGCUAGAUACAUCUUAUUUGGAAGAAGGACCACGUUGGUUUUCUGCAACAACUCGAAAAAAAAUGGGUUCGUUCUUUAACAAAGUAUUGAAACGAGACACGUAG